AUGGACCGCUCCAUUAUUUUGACGUCCGACAAGGAUGCGAUGUUUGCUAGCGUGCUCAACCCUGUUCCGGCAGUCAAGGGCCGUGGAGCUGGCUCGAGUAUCAUUCCAUUCUUGACUAGGCCUUAUGCUGAUCAGAUGGAGGUGGAGGCCCUGGUUCGUCCUAGGAUGCCUGUCCUGAUGACUGCGCCCGAGCUUGACGCCUAUGUCGAUGAAGACGAAGAAGUAGAAGACGAGGACAUGGCCGAUGAUUCAUACAACGCCCCCAAAGACUGCCGAAUUCCUGAAGCAACCUGUAUCGGUGCCCCUGCAACCGAGGAGUCAACACCGCAGAAGCAGGAUGUCCAGACUAAGAAGGCGCGAUUCGACGAAAUCAUCCCAGCCACCUCGAGCCAACAGCCUUUCUCUCAGACAGCCCCUGCAAUCACCAAGACUGAGGCCCCAAAGCUUUCAACGCAUGUGACAACUACGUCUACGACCGUGACCGCGCAGGCUCCACAGGAGGCUGUUGAGGAUAGCGAUGAUGAAUUGCCCACGUUGAAUAUCGAGUCUGACACCGACGAAGAGGAUGACGAUGUCACAAUGGAAGGGUAG